AUGGAGCCAUCAAGCAACCAGCAACUUUACGGCCGGCAGGCAGAGCCACUGAUUCUCCGCCGGUGCCCUGACGAGGGCACCAGCCGCCACCGUCCUUUGGAGGUCCGCCGCGACCGCCGUGUCGCCACUCCAGGUUGGUUUGCUGUCUGCAAGCACGCCAAGGGUGUCUCUUUCGCCAAAAAGUCCAAGUUCAUGCGGCGAGUUUGGCGAUACACGACCGAGACCCGGAAGCGGAUUGACAGGUUGAACGAAGAGCUGCGGUUGCCCCCGAAGUACAUCGCGAUGCAGGUUCGCCGGGGCGAUAAGGUGGCAGGAAACCGCAAGGAGAGCGUGCAGAUCACGGGCAUGGACUUCGCCAGGGAGGCGCAGAAACACCUCUCUUCAAGCUGUUCUGUUGUGGUCGUUUGCACCGACGACCUCACUGCCGCCGAGGAAGUGGGCCGUGCCCUGCGUUCGCUCGGCUCUCCCGCAGAGGUCCGCUGGCGUUCCCGCGCCGAAGUCCCCGCAAAUCUGCGCAACGGCCACUGGCAGGCAAACUACAACGCCCUGUCAGCGAAGCAGCGGAUUGAGAUGACUCACGAGUUCCUGGCGGAUGUGGAGGUGCUGCGAUGCGCGGAGGUGUGCCUUUGCACUUUCAGCAGCAACGUGGGACGUCUCGUCGCCUUACUCCGCGACCAGCGAACAGUGAGCUUGGACAUCACGGAGUGGACGAAUGAUUAG